AUGAUUCUCCAUCCAUUCGAACCGCCGAAUCCGGUUCAUCAUAAAUAUAAGAACUCAGAGUGGAGGAGGACCGCUCCUCACGACAUCAAGCACCCCGACUUUCUUUGGGAAGAUUACUGGCAGCGCUUCAAUACGAUGCAAAUCCCGCUGUUUGACGAAGACGAAUACUACGAUACCGCAAUAGCGAUAGCAAAGGAAUCAAACGACCGACAGGAAUUUGAAGAGAAGUUCGAGAGGAAAACCCGGCAACAACGCAAAAAACUGCUGGCCAUGUUGGACCACGCCCUCGGGGACGCUCUGUCCAAUGCAGAAACCUUCAAAAGCAACGAUGCAUGGCUUACGGCCAUAUAUGCCUCCCAGACGGGCUGUUUCCAGUACUUUGUGCGGCUUUUGGAGGCUGCUGCUUCUGGCAGGGAAGCGGUCUUGGUAGACGCGGAUGCAGAGUUUGAGUCGCCGCGGAAUAGCGACGCCGGCGAGGACAUGAGCAAGAAGACGCAGAACUCGGGAAUGGGGGCGAGAGACGUCGUGCCGGGCGUGCAGGCCCAUGCUGACUACCGCGGCUAUCCUUAUAUGGAUGGCCCAAUGCCUCGGUAUUGGGCAGCGCAACACCCCGAUGAUUACGAGUGGAACUACAAGACUCGGAGCGAAUGCAAUGGGAGGGAUCAAACGCCGAGUGACGACUUCAUCCUCACAGUACCUGCAGUCGAGUAUACAACGUCCAAACCUAGUGGUACAGCUCCCGAUUCCACCAGCCGGACUUCCACAGUGCAGCAACUCCCCCCACUCUCGAGCGAUGGACAUCUUGUGACCGAAGACGACGAAAAUGCAACCCAAGAGGCAUCAACAAGCCUUCUGGUUGACGACGGAAGCACGGCUUUGACAAAGAAGAGAGUCAGAUCUGACGAGGAUGCCACAGCCCAGAAGCCCAAGCGUCGCAAAUUGGAGCAUGACGGCGCUCCCUCUACACGCCAAGCGUCUCGGAAGCGAUCCAGAUCUGACGAGGACGGCGAGGACAAUGGAUAUAAACGCCAGAAGAUAGAGAGUUUGCCCUCGCCUCCAACGUCUCACACCUCAUCCGCCGAUUUCGAAGAAGACACUACCACAGAUGACGAUCCGUCCGUAAAUUUGAGCGAUGCGCGAGAAAGCACCAAAUCGGGGAAUCCAAGCAAGUCAUUAGGAAACCCUGAUGCAGAUACCGUCGAUGGUAAACGCCAACGUCGAAAAGGGGGCUCUGUUUCACACACCACACGUGCAAAGGCUUCUCAGACUUCUCCGAAUCGCAGGUCUUCCAGAAGAGGCAAGUCAUCACCACUUUGGGAGCUGGAUUCUUCAGGUAAACCACACUCGCGGUUAGUUCGGGAGAAACGAUGGCGCAGCGUCCAACUGAGAGCAUGGUCGUUAUCCCGGCAGGGCUGGGUGCAGCGGCGUAGCUUGAAGUCGAAGAUACGGUGCCUGGGGCGGAACAUGGUCGUUAUCCUGGCAGGGCUGGGUGCAGCGGCGCAGUUCAAGCAGCGUCAACAAGUUGUAAAUCCUCCGAAGGCAUGGUCGUUAUCCUGGCAGGGCUGGGUGCAGCGGCGCAGCUCAAGGAAAACAACGACGCUUUUCUCCUUUACUCGUGCAGCUUCGGCCUGGUCUUGUCCUCGUUGGGCUUUAUCCGAGCAUCCGGGAAACGUGGACGUGGCGGAGGACAACAUCUUUUAA